UCCGCGGCCCGAGGUGUGGCAGCUGGUGGCGGGGAAAGAGGAGCACGUGUGGGGCGAGGCCGUGACCGUGUGGCACUUUGAGGGCGCGCCCCUGGACACGUCACAGCAGCAGCUGGAGGAGCUGCUGGCCGACGCCAACAGCACGCUGCAGUGCGCUCAGCAGCAGCUGGAUGAGCUUCUGGCCGACGCCAACAGCAGUACGCUCAGGUGGGUUUCAAAGGGGGAAGUGGGAGUUCUCAGUGUGCGCAUGCCAUGGGGGGGUUUUGUGCCGGACUGCACGGUGUGGCACAUGUUUGAGGGCACGCCACUGAAUGCGUUGCAGCAGCAGCUGGAGGAGCUGCUGGCCGAGGCCAAGAGCACGCUGCAGUGCGCUCAG